GUAACAGUAAUUGCACCAAUUAACGUCUCAACUGCCCAAAAUGCUGUGGCUGUAACGUCCGGCGAUUUUAGCCACAUGAGGGCAGCAGGUGCUUUUGAAAUGCCAAAACCGACACUUUACUGUGCAAGUUAUCCAUCCAUCCAUUUCCCACCGCUUAUUCCCUUUUGGGGUCGCGUGUGUUUUACUAUUUAUAAUCAACUCAUCAGCACCGUUAAUGCUGACCCAGCACGUUAGUCGUGUUGUACAAUAUACUCCAUAAUGGAGUAUAUUGUAUUAUUCCCCACUUUCUGGUUUACCCCCAAGCAAGAUGAACAAUAAGUAGUUAUAUUUAAUGAGUUUUUACAUUCAAGAAACCAUUAAAAGAUAUCGUCCUCGUUGUGCUUUAGCUAAACAGACUCUCUGCCGUAAUUAGAGCAUGUAGAAUACUGAUGUAAUAUUUGUAUGGCAGCUUAUGUUUCUUCUUCUUGCAGUUACUUCACCAUCCUUACCUGUCCCUGACCAGGAAGACAAAAUGGAGGGGAAGUAGUGUUGCAAUGCUGGGGGAGCCUGCAGUUUUUGUGCAGAGGGAAGGGGGGGGGGCUGAUGGAGAAGAGGAUGCUGAUGAUAAAGGAGAAGAGGAGGCAGAUGGACUGAGGCGGAGGAGGCUGAUGAAGGAGUGAGGAGAAGAGGAGGCAGAUAAAGUGAGGAGAAGUGGAGGCUGAUGAUGGAGUGGGGAGCAGAUGAAGGAGUGAGGCUGUGAUGAAGUUAAGGAUAAAAAAAGGGAGGAGUAGCUGUGGGAGAUGAUGGGAGUGAGGAAGAGGAGGCUGAUGAUGGAGUGAGAAGAAGAGGUGGAGUGGGGAGCAGAUGGAGUGAGGCUGUGAAAAGGAGGUUAAAGAUGAUGGGAGGGAGCAGGCAAUAGAUGGAGUGAGGAGGAGGCUGAUGAUAGAGUGAGGAGGAGGCUGAUGAUAGAGUGAGUAGGUGUAGGAUGAAGGGGUGAGGAGGAGAUGAAGGAGGGAGGCUGUGAUGAGGAGGUUAAAGAGGGUGGAGGCAAUAGAUGGGAGUGAGGAAGAGGAGGCUGAUGAUGGAGUGAGAAGAAGAGGUGGAGUGGGGAGCAGAUGGAGUGAGGCUGUGAAAAGGAGGUUAAAGAUGAUGGGAGGGAGGAGGCAAUAGAUGGAGUGAGGAGGAGGCUGAUGAUAGAGUGAGUAGGUGGAGGAUGAAGGGGUGAGGAGGAGAUGAAGGAGGGAGGCUGUGAUGAGGAGGUUAAAGAGGGUGGAGGCAAUAGAUGGGAGUGAGGAAGAGGAGGCUGAUGAUGGAGAAGAGGAGGUGGAGGAUGAAGGGGUGAGGAGGAGAUGGAGUGAGGCUGUGAUAAAGAGGUUAGAGAUGAAAGGGAGGCGUAGAUGUGGGAGAUGAUGGGAGGGAGGAGGCCACAGAUGAAAGAGGGAGGAGGCAAUAGAUGAAGGAGUGAGGAGAAGAGGAUGAUUGCGUGAGGGAAAAAGGAGGGGGCUGAUGAUAGAGUGAGGAGGUGGAGGAUGAAGGGGUGAGGAGGAGAUGGAGUGAGGCUGUGAUAAAGAGGUUAAAGAUGAAAGGGAGGCCUAGAUGUGGGAGAUGAUGGGAGGGAGGAGGCCACAGAGGAAGGAGAGGGGAGGCAAUAGAUGGAGUGAGGAGAAGAGGAUGAUUGCGUGAGGAAAAGAGGAGGAGGCUGAUGAUAGAGUGAGGAGGUGGAGUGAGGCUGCGAUAAGGAGGUUAAAGAUGAAAGAGGGAGGAGUAGAUGUGGGGGAUAACGGCGUGAGGAGGUUAUAGAUGAGGGGGCUGAUGAUGGAGUGAGGAGAAGAGGAAGUGAAGGAUGAAGGGGGUGAGGAGCAGAUGAAGGAGUGAGGCUGUGAUAAGGAGGGAGGAGGCAGAUAAUGAAUGAGUGAUAAUGAAGAGGAGGAUAACCAAGUAAGAAUGAGGUGAGGUAAAUGAUGAAGGAACGAGGAUGAGUUGAGAAAGUUGAUAUCAAAGAUUGAGGAUGAGAUGAGGCUGAUGAAGGAAUGAAGAGCAGGUGAGGAAGCUGAAGGAGUAAGGCUGUGAUGAGGUUAAAGAUGAAAGAGGGAGGAGUAGAUGUGAGAGAUAAUGGCGUGAGGAGAAAAGGAAGUGGAGGAUGAAGGGUUGAGGAGGAGAUGGAGUGGGGAGCAGAUGAAAGAGUGAGGCUGUGAUAAGGAGGUUGAAGGUGAAAGAGGGAGGAGUAGAUUUGGGAGUGUGGAGGCUGAUAAUGAAUGAGUGAUGAUGAAGAAGAUGAUAACCAAGUGAGGAUGAAGCUGAAGAUGAAAGAGUGAAGAGGAGAUGAGGAAGAUAAAGGAGUGAGGAUGAGAUGAUGAAGCUAAUGAUCACCAAGUGAGGAUGAGAUGAUGAAGCUAAUGAUCAACAAGUGAGGAUGAGAUGAUGAAGCUAAUGAUCAACAAGUGAGGAUGAGGGGAGGAAAUUGAUGAAAGAUUGAGAAUGAGAUGAGGCUGAUGAUAAAGGAAUGAGGAUAAGAUGAUGAGGCUGAUGAUGGAGUGUGGAGCCUGAUGUAUGAGUGAGGAGGAUAUGUGUAGGCUGAUGAUGAAUGAGAUUAGGAAGCUGAUGAUGGUGUGAUGAGGUUGAUAAUGAAUGAGUGAGGUGAGGAAAAUGAUAAACGGAUGAGGAUGAGAUGAGCAAAUUCUGAUGGUGAAAGGGUGAGGAGGCUGAUGAUAGAGGGAUGAGGUGAAAAGGUAAGGAGGAUGAUGAUGAAGGGAUGAGAUGAAAAGAUGAGGAGGCUGGUAAUGAGGGGAUGAGAUGAACAGGUGAGGAGGCUGAUAAUGAAGGAAUGAGAUGAAAAGAUGAGGCCAAUGAUGAAGGGAUGAGAUGAAAAGGUGAAGAGGCUGAUGAUAGGAUGAGGUGACCAGGUGAGGAGGCUGAUGAUGAAGGGAUGAGAUGAAGAGGUGAAUAUAUGAGGAGGCUAGUGAGGAAAGAAUAAGAUGAAAAAGUGAGGAGGCUGAUUAUUAAGGGAUGAGGUGAAUAUAUGAGGAGGCUAAUGAGGAAGGAAUAAGAUGAAAAGGUGAGGAGGAUGAAGGGAUGAGGUGAGCAAGUGAGGAGACUGAUGAUGAAAAGAUGAGUAAAUAGAUGAAGAAGGGAUGAUGAAGAAGGGAUGAGGUGAAUAUAUGAGGAAGCUAGUGAUGAAGGAAUGAGAUGAAAAAGUGAGGAGGCUGAUGAUGAAGGGAUGAGGUGAACCUGUGAGGAGGCCGAAGAUGAAGGGAUGAGGUGAACAGAAGAGGAGGCUGAUGAUGAAAGGAUCAGGUGGGGCAGUUGACAAAGGAGUGAGAAUGAGAUGAGAGGAUGAUGAAAGGGAUGAGCACCUGCAUGACGGUCACAUGACUGGUUGUGUCUUCUGUGGUGAAGGCUGAUGAGAGGGUGAAGACAGCUGAGGAGGAGAUGCACGGAGGCCUCGUCGGCCAAGAAACACACCUCAGCUACUGCUAGCGCCCCCUGCUGUGUGAGUGAAUAGUGGUGACAUAAAUAUGUUCGGGGCGGAGUUUCGUCGCUUCUCUCUGGACCGCUCCAAGCCGGGCCGCUUUGAUGAGUUCUACGGCCUGCUGCAGCAUGUGCACCGCAUUCCCAACGUGGACCUGCUGGUGGGCUACGCCGACGUGCACGGCGACCUGCUGCCCAUCAACAAUGACGACAACUACCACAAGGCCAUCUCCACCGCCAGCCCGCUCCUCAGACUCUUCCUCCAGAGGAAAGAGGAAGCAGAUUUCUUCGGGAGCGACUCGCUGACCAGGAAGAAAAACACGGGGCUUUCGGCGGUUCUCCUCCGGCCCGACGCCAACAGGAAGAAGCCGCCGGUGAUCAUCAGCCUGCCGAAGGACUUCCGGCCCGUGUCCUCCAUCAUCGACGUGGACAUCCUGCCCGAGACGCACCGGCGGGUGCGGCUGUACAAGCACGGGCAGGAGAAGCCUCUGGGUUUCUACAUCCGCGACGGCUCCAGUGUGCGGGUCACGCCGCAGGGCUUGGAGAAGGUCCCCGGCAUUUUCAUCUCCAGGAUGGUUCCCGGCGGCCUGGCGGAGAGCACGGGGCUGCUGGCCGUCAACGACGAGGUCCUGGAGGUGAACGGCAUCGAGGUGGCCGGGAAGUCUCUGGACCAAGUGACGGACAUGAUGAUCGCCAACAGCCACAACCUCAUCAUCACCGUCAAGCCCGCCAACCAGCGGAACAACAUCGUCCGGGGGAGCGGAGGCGGCGGCGGCGGGGCGUCCGGUAGCUCAGGACGCUCCUCAGACAGCGGCGCCAGCUACUACGGCUACUCCUCAUCCGCCGGCCUCGCCGCCGCCUCCUUGGCGCCCUCGCACAUUAUCCAGAACUUCCCCGUCGGCGAGAUGGACAGCGACGAGGACGACGAGGACCUGGUGAUCGAGGCGGAGUCCGACUUCGGCAUUCCGCCGCCUCCCCGCUACGAGCCGCACCUCAACCUGCGAGCGGCCGCCUCGCCGCCCCCGCUUUCAGUCAACGGCGGCGUGACCAGCAGCGCCAGCAGCGGCUCGCUGAGCAGGGCCAAGUCCUCCACGCCGUCGCCCGACAGAGCCGUGAGUAGGCGGAGUCUUGAGGAGGACGGCACCGUCAUAACACUGUAGAUCCGCACGCGACAAUGUAAAUAUUUCUAAGUCCUAACAUUUACACCUGAAACACCUCCAUGUGUGUGUUUGGACGCCACGCCGGCGCCACAAAUACUGCGGGCACAAUGCACACACACACACACACAUUUCUGCAUUUACCUUAGCUUCCUCCAGGUGGCAGAGGUGAGCGCCUUGAUGAAGUCCAACACACAAAACGACUUUUUAGCACGACAAUCGUCCACAAGACGUUGAGCAAGCACUACAACCUGCAAUAAUAACAAUAUCAUUAUAAUAGUUAUGUUUUUUUUUGUGUGUUUCAAGAGCAAACUUCUGGGCCUCUCAGAUACUUAAAAAAAACAAAAAAACAAUAUAUGUAUAUAUA